AGGGUGGCUCUCUGGACACACUGGGGAUGUUGUUAAGAGGAGGAAGAGGGCAGUGGAUGCUGGGGGAAGCAACACGAUCCGUUACAUCAUCUCUCAGUGCACUUGACCUGGACACCCAAGAAGCAAAGGGUUGGUGACUAACCAGGUCCAAGGUGCUACCGAUGACACAGUGACAGCGUUCACUGUCUGGUAUGUCUCCAUCUUCCUUGGAAGGAACCUUCCCCUGCUUAGCUUUUAAGAUCCUUUGUUUGAAAUGACUGUGAUGAAAAGUGACAAUUCCUGCCUCAGUACUGAUCUGUUUUUGCUUUGAGUCAGAUAAAGGCGGCCAAGUGUGUCUAAAAUGUUUUAAAAUGCCAAUGUUUUGUCUAUAUCCCAGUGGCCCUUUAUUAACCAUCUGGUGCCUUAAAACCUUUUUCUUUUCCUCUCUGCUAUACACUGCACCUGUUAGGCUGAGCCUGAUGGAAUGAAACUGUGGUUUUUAUACGUGAAAAGUGGUUUGAGUAUCACCAUUCAUGAAAUUCAACUAAUACAUCAUUUCUGACCUCCACAGUCCUAUAAAGUGGGUGUUGUACCCCCACUUUCGCUGAUCAAGAGCUGAGUUCAGAAAAGACAUACAGCAGGUUGAGGAGCUGGGGUUUGAGCCUGAGUCUUCUGUCUUUUUAUCCUCGAACUUACCCAGACAGUGCAUAUCCUUUUCUGGGGUCUACCUGCAACCAGUAGUGCACUGGAAGCUCAGAGCCAGGCUGGUUUGGGAGACGAUGUGAUAGCUACUGAUGGAUCAGUGAUACCUUUAAAAUUGUCUGCAGAAGAGCAAACCCACAAGUCAACUAGGGAGUCAGCUUCCCGAGACUGAGGUGUUCUGACUAUCCUGGAUCCAGUCCACCCCUCAAGAGGGUUCGAGCAGCUCAUCCACAUCAGACUGGCCCACGCCCUGGAUGGAACCAGGCAGGUGGAUGGCAAGGCAGCGACCUAACUUCAUGAGAAACAGAAGCUGCACAGCCAGGCCUGCUGGUGACCUGCUGACCUCACCAGUCAUCCCACUGGGAGGCAACACUACAGCAGGCUUCACCAGUCCUUGGGAUGCCCAUAGGGAUGGGUGAGGCCCGACUGGCCUGUGGUGCUUCCCAGUGGCCGUCAUCUCACUAGGGCCACACGGUGGCAUUAGGAUGCACCUCUCAGCGGUGUUCAACGCCCUCUUGGUGUCGGUGCUGGCGGCGGUCCUGUGGAAGCAUGUGCGGCUGCGUGAGCAUGCAGCCACACUGGAGGAGGAGUUGGCCCUCGGCCGACAGGCCCCAGACCCAGCGCCAACACUGAGAAUCGACUACCCAAAGGCACUGCAGAUCCUGAUGGAGGGCGGCACACACAUGGUUUGCACGGGCCGCACGCACACAGACCGCAUCUGCCGCUUCAAGUGGCUCUGCUACUCCAACGAGGCUGAGGAGUUCAUCUUCUUCCAUGGCAACACCUCUGUCAUGCUGCCCAACCUGGGCUCCCGGCGCUUCCAGCCAGCCCUGCUCGACCUGUCCACCGUGGAAGACCACAACACCCAGUACUUCAACUUCGUGGAGCUGCCUGCCGCUGCCCUGCGCUUCAUGCCCAAGCCAGUGUUCGUGCCAGACGUGGCCCUCAUCGCCAACCGCUUCAACCCCGACAACCUCAUGCACGUCUUCCACGACGACCUACUGCCACUCUUCUACACACUGCGGCAGUUUCCUGGCCUGGCCCACGAGGCACGGCUCUUCUUUAUGGAGGGCUGGGGCGAGGGUGCACACUUCGACCUCUACAAGCUGCUCAGCCCCAAGCAGCCUCUCCUGCGGGCACAGCUGAAGACCCUAGGCCGGCUGCUAUGCUUCUCCCAUGCUUUUGUGGGCCUCUCCAAGAUCACCACCUGGUACCAGUAUGGCUUCGUCCAGCCCCAGGGCCCGAAAGCCAACAUCCUCGUCUCGGGCAAUGAGAUCCGGCAGUUUGCACGGUUCAUGACGGAAAAGCUUAAUGUGAGCCAGGCAGGAGCCCCGCUAGGUGAGGAGUACAUUCUGGUCUUUAGCCGAACCCAGAACAGACUCAUCCUGAAUGAAGCAGAGCUGCUGCUGGCACUGGCCCAGGAGUUCCAGAUGAAGACAGUGACAGUGUCCCUGGAGGACCACACCUUUGCUGAUGUCGUGCGACUGGUCAGUAACGCCUCCAUGCUAGUCAGCAUGCAUGGGGCCCAGCUGGUCACCACCCUCUUCCUGCCCCGUGGGGCAACUGUGGUGGAGCUCUUCCCAUAUGCCGUCAAUCCCGACCACUAUACUCCCUAUAAGACACUGGCCAUGCUGCCUGGCAUGGACCUCCAAUAUGUAGCCUGGCGGAACAUGAUGCCAGAGAACACAGUCACACACCCUGAGCGGCCCUGGGACCAGGGGGGCAUCACCCACCUGGACCGGGCUGAGCAAGCCCGUAUCCUGCAAAGCCGUGAGGUCCCACGGCAUCUCUGUUGCCGGAACCCCGAGUGGCUCUUCCGAAUCUACCAGGACACCAGGGUGGACAUCCCAUCCCUCAUUCAAACCAUACGGCGCGUGGUGAAGGGCCGGCCAGGACCACGGAAGCAGAAGUGGACAGUUGGCCUGUAUCCAGGCAAGGUGCGGGAUGCACGGUGCCAGGCGUCAGUGCAUGGCGCCUCCGAGGCCCGCCUCACCAUCUCCUGGCAGAUCCCAUGGAACCUUAAGUACCUGAAGGUGAGGGAGGUGAAGUAUGAGGUGUGGCUGCAGGAGCAGGGAGAGAACACCUACGUGCCUUACAUCCUGGCCCUGCAGAAUCACACCUUCACUGAGAACAUCAAACCCUUCACCACCUACCUGGUGUGGGUCCGCUGCAUCUUCAACAAGAUCCUCCUGGGACCCUUUGCAGAUGUGCUGGUGUGCAGCACGUAGUGAGUGGGCCAUAGCCUGGCCUCGGGAGGGUGGCUCCUGCAGUUCAGCUUCCCUGGGCCUGUUAAUCCCACUGUGGAGACUUCUAUUGUCUAUUUAUUGAGCAGGCCUGUGCCUCCCUGUCAUCUUGUUGCGUCUGGGGUGUGGUGUCACAGCACUCCUCUCUGCCCUGGAGAUAUGGGACACAGCCCCCACCUUCUCCCAUUCUGAACAUUCAUACCCCUGGAGAAGUUCCUUAGUAAGGAGGAGGAAGAGGAGAGGAAGGAAAGAAAGAAUCACAAGGAACCUCUGGCUAGGUGAUCCUGAUGUUUCCUACUGAGUUUUUCUGGUAUCCAGAUUUCUGGAAACCAAGUACUCAUGUGCUAUUUGAUUGGGUGGUUCAUCUGCUUCCAUCCCAGUGAAAUUUACUAAUAGCCCAGUGAAGGGUAUGUUUGGAACAUUCAUUAAAUGAUUCUAAGCAUCUUG